GGGCGGCAGCCAUGUCGGAACGGAAGGUUUUGAACAAAUACUACCCGCCCGACUUCGACCCCGCGAAGAUCCCCAAGCUCAAGCUCCCCAAGGACCGGCAGUAUGUGGUGCGGCUCAUGGCUCCCUUCAACAUGCGGUGCAAGACGUGUGGCGAGUACAUCUACAAGGGGAAGAAGUUCAACGCCCGUAAGGAGACUGUGCAGAACGAGGUGUACCUGGGGCUUCCCAUCUUCCGCUUCUACAUCAAGUGCACGCGCUGCUUGGCAGAGAUCACGUUCAAGACAGAUCCUGAGAACACGGACUACACCAUGGAGCACGGGGCCACCCGCAACUUCCAAGCRGAGAAGCUCCUGGAGGAAGAGGAGAAGCGAAUGCAGAAGGAGAGGGAAGACGAAGAGCUGAACAACCCUAUGAAGGUCCUGGAGAAUCGAACCAARGACUCCAAGUUGGAGAUGGAGGUUYUGGAGAACCUGCAGGAGCUGAAGGAGCUCAAUCAGCGCCAGGCGAAUGUGGACUUUGAGGCCAUGCUGAAGCAGUACAAGGAGUACGAGGAGGAGCAGAAGCGCAAGGAGCAAGAGGAGGAUGAGCAGGAGAUGAAGGCGAUGCUGGAGCAGGCCCAGAGCCGGCGGCUGCUGCUCGACUCCGACGCUGCCCAGGAGCCCGCUAGAGGCCCCGCGAAGCCCGCGGCCAAACUGAAACCCACAGACAUCCUGCAGGAGGAGCCCCAGCCCCAGACUAAGAAGCCCAAGACGGAGAGCUGGGAGCGGAGCGUGGGCGCGUUGAGCAGCAAGGCCCAGCUCGCCGGGCUGGUCACGGUGAAGAAGCCAAAGCCGGGUGCCACCCUGGCCAACGGGACGGAGAAACAAGGCGCCACGGCCAGCGCAGACUCCUGUCCCCCAGUCCCGGGCACCACAUCCUCCCUCAGCUUGUUGGGGACGUAUUCAGACAGCGAGGACAGCGCCAGCGACUGACGCGCCGCCCGGAGCGGGGACUUGUGGCCUGUUCCUCCCCUGCCGCUUCCACGGACACUGGCCGGCUGGAGUCGCGGUGUCGUCACGCGGGGGACGCUGCGGCGGCACAGACGGCACUGCCCUGAGCCUGGCACUGUCAACAUGACGGCCCCAGUGCGGGGUGACGAGUGUGGAUGACUCCCUGUCCUGACCCUGUCACUGAGGGGCUGUCCCUGCCUCCCGGCCGCCCCAGGAGCGGGAUGAGUCCCAGCUCUGCUCCCAUCACUUACUGGGGGUCCCGGGGCUGGCCUGGGUUGUGCGGUGUCGGUUCUGCAGGUCCCCGCUGCCCUCUCCCUGCUCUGCCUUCCCUGGGCCAGCRGGUGGGAGUCGCUGUCCCUCCAGCUGCCAGGGAGGGACCCUGGGGCCUUGUGUCCUGGUGUGUGGGGAUGGCAGGAGCUCAGUGUCCCUGUGGUGUCACCUCAACACCCCCUUGGCCCGCUCUAGCUCUCCAUAACCRCCUGCCCUGCGUGUCUGGCUAGUUCUGGCGUGCACAGGGGCGGAAGGCAGAGCUGGGGGUACAGCCGAGCUGUGGGGCUGGGGCUGUCC